AUGCCAUUCUUCCUGCCAUACCAUGUCCUGUUCAUCUGCUUCGAGAUCCUGUGCCCCGCGUUCAGCACCAGUGUGCGGCAGGAUCCUCAAGAAAGGGCCGCCUUCCUGGCAUGCCUUGUGCCGGGCUCCGUGAUCCUGGUGCCGACGCUUAUGGGCUAUUUCGACGAGGCCAAAAUGGCCACGUACGCCGUGCUAGUUGCGUGGGCGAGCGAGGUAGAUGUCGUAGCCGAAGAGCCGGCCGUGGGUCUCAGGCCGCCUCCGACCCGCCCCCCGCUGUCGGCGAUGUUCUCCUCGCGCGCGGCCCUCGCGCCCAGGUGGCUGUACCGCGGCGCGAAGUCGGCCGCGCGCAGCCGCUCCGAGUCCACGGUGGGCAACGUGGCCGACGUGGUGAGCGGGAUCCUGGGGGACGUGAGGCAGGGCGGCAACGCUGCGCUCGACAAGUACUGCACCAAGUUCGACCGGGUGCCGCACAAGCGCCUGGCCGAGGCCGACGUGGAGGAGUGCCUCCGGAUGUGCACCGCGCAGGAGCUUCUCGACAUCAAGUACGCGCAGGCCAACAUCGCUCGAUUCGCCAAGAUCCAGCGCGACUCGAUGAAGGACGUGGAGGUGGAGACCCAGCCCGGCGUCAUCCUCGGGCACAAGCACAUCCCCAUCAAGAACGUCGGCUGCUACGUGCCCGGGGGCAAGUUCCCCAUGAUCGCCUCGGCGCACAUGUCCGUGCUCACGGCCAAGACGGCGGGCUGCGACCGCGUGAUCGCCUGCACGGCGCCCAUGCCCGGCGGAGAGCCCGGCCGCAUGCCGCACACCACCAUCGCGGCCAUGCACCACGCGGGCGCGGACGAGAUCUACCUCAUGGGCGGUGCGCAGGCCAUCGGCGCCAUGGCCUUCGGUACUGAGACCAUCCAGCCCGUCGACUUCAUCGCAGGGCCCGGCAACGCCUUCGUCGCGGAGGCGAAGAAGCAGGUCUUCGGCAGGGUCGGCAUCGACCUGAUCGCAGGCCCCACCGAGACGCUGCUGCUGUGCGACGACUCCGUGGACGCCGAGAUCACAGCUGCCGACCUCCUGGGCCAGGCCGAGCACGGCUACAACACCCCCGCGAUCCUCGUCACGACGUCCGAAAAGCUCGCGCAGGAGACGAUUGCCAGGGUCGAUGCGGAGCUGGAGCGCAUUCCCACCGCAGAUACGGCCGGCGUGUCGUGGAAGGACUACGGAGAGGUCAUCGUGGUUGACGACGACAAAGAGAUGCUGGAGGUCGCCGAGGAGAUCGCUGGGGAGCACGUGCAGGUUAUGCACAGGGAUUGGGCCUUCUUCAAGCACAAUCUCAGGAACUUCGGCGGGCUCUUCCUUGGCGUAGAGACCAAUGUCGCCUACGGCGAUAAGGUCAUAGGCACCAACCACACGCUGCCGACACAGACUGCCGGCAGGUACACGGGCGGCCUUUGGGUCGGCAAGUUCAUCUCGACCCACACCUACCAGCACAUCUCCAGGGAGGCCUCGGUGGAGAUUGGGGACUACUGCUCCCGCCUCUGCGGCUACGAGAACUUCGCGGGGCACAAGGAGCAAGCCGAUGUGCGGCUCCGCCGCUGGAAGCCCGGCUACGACACCAAGUACUACGAGGGCUCUCAUAACCAGACCCUGCUCAGCCGACCGACGGGCGGCGCGUGA